CGACAAUGUCAAUGGCAAUAUUUUCGAUAAAAAAAUCGCAGAAAUGGCGCCUCUGGUGGCAAAGUUAUUAAACGCACGGGUCGAUUUUCCGCACGUCAACAGAUUUCAGCGCUGCUGUCAGCUGACGAAGAACAAAGACGCGAUAACGCUGUAAAAUGUCGUUCGGAGAAAAAUUGGCGUCGAUUAUGCAGCGGCCUGGACAGGAUCCCGUCGCCAAGGACGAUGUUCCCUUUUGGCUGAAGUAUGCCGGUCGAGGGCUCGGUACUGUAGGUAGCCUACUUGCAAUCUUUCUUGGAGCAUUUAAGUGUAUUGGAAUAAUUUUCGGUUACAUAAGUUGCCCAAUAAGCGGGAUGUGGCAAAUGGUAGCUGGAUUUCUAGUUAUGACUGUCGAGGCACCUUGUUGUUGUAUGUUCGUUGACUUUGUACAAAACUUGAGCGAUUGGGUGGAAAAGAAACCUUAUUGGAGUAGAGCAGCUGUUUAUUGCUUAUUAGCAAUUCCACCAGUCUUGUUAUGCCCAGAUUUGAAUAUCAUAUUUGGGAGUGGCUUAAUAUUCACUACAGGGGUCAUUUAUGGUUUCAUGUCUCUCGGCAAGAAGGCACCGCUGGAUCAGAUGCGAGUAUCUGCGGGUACGAAUACCCAAAUCCCAUCAACGAGUAUGCAAUCGACGCUUGUUGAAAACGCUCAGCCAAUGGGAUUCACCAAUACACCGGAUAGUAACGUUUGACCUUUAGGAAGAAAUUGAUGACCGAUUCAGCGCCUGCGUGAGUGGUCACGAAUGAACGGCAAUUGGAGUGAUCGUUUAGUAGCCGAACGCAUGAACAUCGUCAGUCUCUUACGAUGAUUAGUAUAUAAUUGAAAUGAUUAAUUAGUUAAUUAAGUGUAUCAGGCAGUCGAGUUUAUGUAACACAAAUGUCUCCUGUCAACAUGACAACCGACUAUGAGCUUUAGUCUAAUGGCCUGGACACUGUGAACCCACUGAUACAUUUCCUUUAAAGACGUUCGCGAAAACGAUAAAUAACGUUAUUGUAUAUUAAACAACAAAGAUUUAAUAUAUGUGUACAUACAUAUAACACGCUCUGACAAAUUCAUGAGCAUUGUGCUUAUCAUCAUCAUACAUUGUUUUAAUUCUGGCUCGGAGUAUAUUUUCUUGCCUUUACAGUCGGAUUGUGGCUAUUUUUAUUAGCUUCUUCUCUAUUAUAAUUCCUGGACCAGUAUUAACAUGGUAAAUAAUAAUAUAGACGACUGAGAUACUCUUAUCGCUGUGCUGGCAUCUUUUGUUUAAUCUGGAACUAAAUUCUUCCUGUACAUUCAGCCGAAAAUAUAUGUUGUUAAAUUUAAGAUUUACAUAUCGUGCCGCGGUUAGAUAUAAGGCGAGGCGACGUAAUCGACAAUAUAGAAAUCAGUCUUGCGGUUUUUUUUUCAUGAUACAAAAUACAUUACACUCGUUCUUCCAAUGAAGUCUUGAACAAAUAUUUAAUUAAAAAAGAUUAUACCAAAGUAAAAGACUGCCAAUCACAUGCAACUCGAUCGUGCGUUCGGUUACACGAAAUAUUAGAUAUCUAAAUGUGUCAUAGUGCUUUUACAAUUUAGUGAUGGAGUAGGCAGCUUCUUUCGAGUGGCGAUUAUUAUUACUAUUAUUGAUAUACGAACUAGGAAGUGCACGUAUUAUAUAUUUACAAAGAUAAUGGACAAAAGAACUGAAUCCCAAGUCCGAAUUAUGUUAUGCUGAUGCGAAGAAUCGAAGCUUAAUCUGUACACUGUAUGCUUAGUUAAUGGUCAUACUAAUUAGCAUUGUUUUAAUUACAUUGAUAGAGACUGCUUUACAUACAACUUUGUAUGUAUAAGUUUUUUCUUUGCUGAUGUAAUAAUUGAUUCGUAAUCUAUUAUACAUUUUCAGAUUAGCCAAUGAAACGUCUUCUGACAUUUGAAAUUUUAGAUUUCUCUUUACCUGCCUCGGCGCAGAAAAGUUUAUUUCAAUUACUUUACAUUAUGUCGUCACUGCGAAUUACAAGUUACUAUAUAAAAUUUGUUGCGUGUGAACAGAAAGUUGGGUGUCUAUUAUUUUUUUUUCUUUUUUAUAUAUAUAUAUAGCGCGAUAUGGAUAUUCCGGGCGAUCAGCAAAUAAUUAAGUCUGCUCGCAGAGUUCGCUUUGGCAAAAUAUUGAAAUUUAUACACAUUGGUACAUUCUACUUGUACAUCUUGAAUUUACGUCAUCAAAACCAAAAUACAAAAAUCCUUACAAAUAGGAGUUUACGAUCCGA